CCGAGGCGUUACUUCGAAGUCGUUUGUGGCGCAAAAAUGGCUCAGAACCUUAAAGACCAAAGCAGACCCCAGAUGUUUUUAUUUGGGUGUGUGCUGAAGGCUGGUAAAAAAGAGCACAAAGUCGAGGUAGAUGAUGAUGAAGUUGAACACCAGCUGUCCCUGAAAGCGGUGUGUCUGGGAGCAGAAGCAGAGGAUAAGUUACAUACAGUGGAGAUAGAGGGAUUGACGUACGAUGGCAAGACAACCAAAAUCCCUCUUGCUGUGCUGAAGCCAUCUAUUCUGCCUUCUCUAAGUUUAGGGGGUUUUGAAAUCACUCCCCCAUUCACGUUCCGUUUGCAGUCCGGGUCUGGCCCAGUCUACAUCAGUGGACAACAUUUUGUCAGCAUGAAGGAGUCUGAUGAUGAGGAAGAAGAGGAGGAGAAUAACACAUCACCAGUGAAGAGACCAUCGAACAUGGUCACAGGGAAAGUGCCACUAAAGAAGCUCAAAAUGGAUUCAGAUGACGAUGAUGAAGAUGAGGAUGAUAGUGAAGAUGAAGAGGAGGAGGAUGACAGUGAUGAACAUGAAGAUGAAAAGCCAGUUGCACCAAGCCCCAUCAAGCCCUCACUGAAAGCCCCAGAGAAAAAGAAGAGUGCAGACAAACAGAACGGCUCACCAGGAAAAAAAGAUGACAAACCAGGGAAGCCUCAGAGCCAGGUUGCAAUAAAGGGGAAAGACAAGACUGGAGCAGGACCUUCUGGGAAAACUCCCAGCAAGCCCAGCAUAAGUGAGGUCAAGAACAGAUUAGCAAAUGCUGCUAAAGAGGGCAAGUCAUUUCCAAAAACGGAACAGAAAUUUGAGAACUACGCCAAGAACACUUUCAGGAUCUCCGAUAAACAAGUGAUCAAAGACCUUUGGAACUUUGUACAAACACUGAAAAAGUAAUGGCAGCUUUUGUGACUCGUCCCCCUUUUGCGUCCCCCCCCCCAUGUACCAGAGGACUAUCCAGUGAUGGCCUUCAGCUGUGAAUUCUGGCUUCUUCCACUCUAAUGGAAACCGUCCACUUUCCUCUGUGUGUAAUGAGACUUUCAAAAUAGAAAGACACUGAGUAGUUAAAGAGAGAUCAUUACCUUGUGUUAUUCUAACGAACCCCACCAAUGUGUUGUGGAUGUAUCGGACAUAAGAUUUCCACCAGUUGUGGUAAAUAAUGUAUGACAGCUAUGAAGUAGCUAGCGUAAUUUGUGUUGAAAUACAUCUGUGGGGUUAAUUUCAGUAUAAACAGCAAUUUAAGAAUUGGAAGAAUAUUUGUGAAGGAAUCUCCUGGUGUAUCUGAGCAGGUUAGCCUUUUGUUUCUCGGCAGCUUUUCUUGGAAUAGUUCUAAAAUGACCAUCAUUUGUUGUAAAUACUUCUCUUCAUUUUAAUGUAAAAACAUGGCAACUGAAAUAUAGCUGAAGAUUGCGUCUGCUUCUGAGUAUUCCGUCUGGCCCAGAAUGUUCCGUCUGACUGAGGAUUCCAUCUGGCUCACAGUAAGCCUUGUAGCUCCGAAAAUCCCGUCUGGCUGCGUUUCUAUAGCUCUCUGUAAGGUGGAAAUCUUGGUGAGCCAAGGUAUCUUUGCCUAGGUACUGUAAUCAGAUAAAGUGAUCUUUUAAGGGUUUCUAGCGAUCUGUUGCCAGCAAAUGACAGCAAAAUAUUCAUUGGCUUAAAUUGUGAAACGAUUUGACAGAAGCAUUCCAGUUCGUUUAGUGCUUUGAAUUCCAGAGUUAAUGCUAAUGUGCAUUAUCUUUUCAGCAUUUUCUAGUAUUUCAUUUUAUUAAUUCACUCUCGAGUUUGUCUUUUGUUGUACUUCUACUGUAAUAUUUUAAAUAGGAUUACUUAAUCCUUUACAUCUUCUAAUUGUAUUUGUUUAGUGUUGCGAUUACUCACUGAUGUUUCGAAGAGGGUUUAACCCAGAACGUUUCAAGUGUUUUAACAGUUAACAUGGAGGGGAGCAAACAAAAUGAUUUUUAUCUACAGUGUGCGUAAAAUACUUUAGACCUUGAACAGUGGUAUUUCUAAUGCAUUUGUGUAGUCACUUUUAAGAUGUGCAUAAGCACAAUGAUUCCCUGUAACCUUACAGCUUGAAUUCAACUUCCCGUUGCCCAGUAAAUUGGCUCAAUCUGUGGUCUGUCCAAACAAAUUACAGUGCUAUAAAACCCCUUGAAUCAUCUACGGUAGUCAUUUGCCAUGGUUUCCAUAUGAGAUACAUUAUACUUGAGUGUUUGAAAAAACUGCAUUUUGCAGUUUGACUUAUCCUUGCUUUAAAAAAAAAAUUUGUUUAUUUCGUUGGCAUGAAAGGAAUAAAUGAACCUGCUCCA